UCCUCUCCUCUUGGCCCCAGAGAUGCGGGGACUACCGAGAGGGAGGGGGCUGAUGCGGGCCCGGGGGAGGGGUCGUGCGGCCCCUCCGGGCAGCCGAGGCCGCGGAAGAGGGGGGGCUCAUAGAGGAAGAGGUAGGCCCCGGAGCCUACUCUCUCUUCCCAGGGCCCAGGCAUCCUGGGCCCCCCAGCUCCCUACCGGGCUGACCAGCCCUUCUGUUCCUUGUCUCCCCUCCCAGGGGGAGGCCCCCGCUGAGAUGGGGGCGCUGCUGCUGGAGAAGGAGCCCAGAGGAGCCACGGAGAGAGUUCAUGGCUCUUUGGGGGACACUCCCCAUAGUGAGGAGACCUUGCCCAAGGCCAACCCUGACUCCCUGGAGCCUGCUGGCCCCUCAUCUCCAGCCUCUGUCACCGUCACCGUCGGCGAUGAGGGGGCUGACACCCCCGUGGGGGCCACACCACUCAUUGGAGAUGAACCCGAAAAUCUUGAGGGAGAUGGGGACCUCCAUGGGGGCCGACUCCUGCUGGGCCAUGCCACAAAGUCAUUCCCCUCUUCCCCCAGCAAAGGGGGUGCCUGUCCCAGCCGGGCCAAGAUGUCAAUGACUGGGGCAGGAAAGUCACCCCCAUCUGUCCAGAGUUUGGCUAUGAGACUGCUGAGUAUGCCAGGGGCCCAGGCAACUGCAGCGGCAGGACCUGACCCUCCUCCAGCCACCACCGGCCCAGAGGGGCAGCCCAAGGUCCAUCGAGCCAGGAAAACCAUGUCUAAACCAGGAAACGGGCAGCCUCCAGUCCCUGAGAAGAGGCCCCCCGAGGUACAGCAUUUCCGGAUGAGUGAUGACGUGCACUCUCUGGGGAAGGUGACCUCAGACGUGGCCAAAAGGAGGAAGUUGAACUCCGGAGGUGGCCUGUCAGAAGAACUGGGUUCUGCCCGGGGUUCCGGAGAAGUGACCCUAGAAAAGGGGGACCCUGGAUCCCUGGAAGAGUGGGAGACAGUGGUGGGUGACGACUUUAGCCUCUACUAUGAUUCCUACUCCGUGGACGAGCGCGUGGACUCUGACAGCAAGUCUGAAGUCGAAGCACUGGCUGAACAACUGAGUGAAGAGGAGGAGGAGGAGGAGGAGGAAGAAGAGGAGGAAGAGGAGGAGGAGGAGGAAGAGGAGGAGGAGGAGGAAGACGAGGAGUCAGGGAACCAGUCAGAUAGAAGUGGCUCCAGUGGCCGGCGGAAGGCCAAGAAGAGAUGGCGGAAGGACAGCCCGUGGGUAAAGCCGUCUCGGAAGCGACGGAAGCGGGAGCCUCCACGGGCCAAGGAGCCACGAGGAGUGAAUGGUGUGGGCUCCUCAGGCCCCAGUGAGUACAUGGAGGUCCCUCUGGGGUCCCUGGAGCUGCCCAGCGAGGGGACCCUGUCCCCCAACCACGCUGGGGUGUCCAAUGACACAUCUUCGCUGGAGACGGAGCGCGGGUUCGAGGAGUUGCCCCUCUGCAGCUGCCGCAUGGAGGCGCCCAAGAUCGACCGCAUCAGUGAGAGAGCGGGGCACAAGUGCAUGGCCACCGAGAGUGUGGAUGGAGAGCUGUCUGGCUGCAACGCGGCCAUCCUGAAGCGGGAGACCAUGCGCCCGUCCAGCCGCGUGGCCCUGAUGGUGCUCUGCGAGACCCACCGCGCCCGCAUGGUCAAGCACCACUGCUGCCCGGGCUGCGGGUUUCGCUGCUCCCAGGGCACCUUCCUGGAGUGCCACCCAGACUUCCGCGUGACCCACCGCUUCCACAAGGCCUGUGUGUCCCAACUGAAUGGAAUGGUCUUCUGUCCCCACUGUGGGGAAGAUGCUUCGGAGGCCCAGGAGGUGACCAUCCCCCGGGGGGACGGGGGGACUCCACCAGCCGGCACUGCAGCCCCUGCGCCCCCACCCCCCCCGGCGGCCCCGGCAGCCCCGGCGCCCCCCCCUCGGGCCCAGGACGCCCCGGGGAGAGCCGACACUUCCCAGCCCAGCGCACGGAUGCGAGGGCACGGGGAGCCCCGGCGCCCGCCCUGCGACCCCCUGGCAGACACCAUCGACAGCUCCGGGCCUUCCCUGACACUGCCCAAUGGGGGCUGCCUCUCAGCCGUGGGGCUGCCGCUGGGGCCGGGCCGGGAGGCCCUGGAGAAGGCCCUCGUCAUCCAGGAGUCGGAGAGGAGGAAGAAGCUCCGUUUCCACCCGCGGCAGUUGUACCUGCUUGCUUACCACUUGUCCCUCCCUCUCCCGGUGUGGCGGGCUCUCCCCGCAGUGGACAACCUGGACCCCAACUUCCAGAGCGACCAGCAGAGCAAGCGCACACCCCUGCACGCGGCCGCCCAGAAGGGCUCCGUGGAGAUCUGCCACGUGCUGCUGCAGGCUGGAGCCAACAUCAACGCAGUGGACAAGCAGCAGCGGACGCCGCUGAUGGAGGCCGUGGUCAACAACCACCUGGAGGUGGCGCGCUACAUGGUGCAGCGCGGGGGCUGUGUUUACAGCAAGGAGGAGGACGGCUCCACCUGCCUUCACCACGCAGCCAAGAUUGGGAACUUGGAGAUGGUCAGCCUGCUGCUCAGCACCGGGCAGGUGGACGUCAACGCCCAGGUCAGCGGGGGCUGGACGCCCAUCAUCUGGGCCGCUGAGCACAAGCACAUCGAGGUGAUCCGCAUGCUGCUGACGCGGGGCGCCGACGUCACCCUCACUGACAAUGAGGAGAACAUCUGCCUGCACUGGGCCUCCUUCACCGGGAGCGCGGCCAUCGCGGAGGUCCUCCUGAACGCCCGCUGCGACCUCCAUGCUGUCAACUACCACGGGGACACGCCCCUGCACAUCGCGGCCCGGGAGAGCUACCACGACUGUGUGCUGCUGUUCCUGUCCCGUGGGGCCAACCCUGAGCUGCGGAACAAGGAGGGGGACACGGCAUGGGACCUGACUCCUGAGCGCUCCGACGUGUGGUUCGCGCUCCAGCUCAACCGGAAGCUCCGGCUCGGGGUGGGGAACCGGGCCAUCCGCACCGAGAGGAUCAUCUGCCGGGACGUGGCUCGGGGCUAUGAGAACGUGCCCAUCCCCUGUGUGAACGGUGUGGACGGGGAGCCCUGCCCUGAGGAUUACAAGUACAUCUCCGAGAACUGCGAGACAUCCACCAUGAACAUCGACCGCAACAUCACACACCUGCAGCACUGCACGUGUGUGGACGACUGCUCCAGCUCCAACUGCCUGUGCGGCCAGCUCAGCAUCCGGUGCUGGUAUGACAAGGACGGGCGGCUGCUCCAGGAAUUUAACAAGAUCGAGCCCCCGCUGAUUUUCGAGUGUAACCAGGCAUGCUCCUGCUGGAGGAACUGCAAGAACCGCGUGGUGCAGAGCGGCAUCAAGGUGCGGCUACAGCUCUACCGGACAGCCAAGAUGGGCUGGGGGGUCCGGGCCCUGCAGACCAUCCCGCAGGGGACCUUCAUAUGCGAGUACGUAGGGGAGCUGAUCUCCGAUGCCGAGGCCGACGUGAGAGAGGACGACUCUUACCUCUUCGACUUGGACAACAAGGACGGAGAGGUCUACUGCAUCGACGCCCGUUACUACGGCAACAUCAGCCGCUUCAUCAACCACCUGUGUGACCCCAACAUCAUCCCCGUCCGCGUCUUCAUGCUGCACCAAGACCUGCGCUUCCCACGCAUCGCCUUCUUCAGUUCCCGGGACAUCCGGACCGGGGAGGAGCUGGGGUUUGACUAUGGCGACCGCUUCUGGGACAUCAAAAGCAAGUACUUCACCUGCCAGUGUGGGUCCGAGAAGUGCAAGCACUCCGCAGAGGCCAUCGCCCUGGAGCAGAGCCGCCUGGCCCGCCUGGACCCCCACCCCGAGCUGCUGCCAGAGCUCGGCUCCCUGCCCCCCGUCAGCACCUGAGAACGGACCACGGCCCGCCCCACCCCGAGGGCCACCAGCUCCCCAGCUGCCCCUGCCACUGGGCGCUGCCCUCUCCCCACUGCCCCUGCACACAUUCCUCAGCAGAGCCCCAGCCAGGCCCUGGAGGUCUGACAGCCCCUCUCUCCCAGAGCUGGCUCCUCCUGGGAGGUGACUUCAGGGCUGGCCGCCCCACCCCCACCCCAGCCCAUGUUUGAUGAAUUGAAAUCGGGCCUCUAUGCCACCUGGGUUUUUGUUCUCAAUAAACGUUGGGUUUAGUAUA